AAGAAGAUCAACCCCAAGGAAGUGGCGCUGAAGAACAUGAUGAAGACCGUCAUUCGAGACAAGCGCAAGAUUGAAGAGACCAUCAUCAACCUGAACGAGUACAAGAAGGAAGCCCUCCACAAAACGUGGGUCAAGGUCAACGGUGACUUCGGGCAGAUCUUUGCCGAACUUCUUCCAGGCAGUUUCGCCAAGCUCGACCCCCCCGAGGGCAAGGACAUCACCGAUGGCUUGGAGGUCAAGGUGUCCCUGGGCAAGGUGUGGAAGCAGAGUCUCACGGAACUCAGUGGUGGUCAACGGUACGUUCCAGCUCGCUGUCCAGUACGCCGUUUUACAUGCUAAUAAUUCCGCGAUAGAUCUCUGAUUGCGCUUUCCUUGAUCAUGGCGCUCCUGCAAUUCAAACCCGCCCCGAUGUACAUCCUGGACGAAGUCGACGCCGCGCUGGAUCUAUCUCACACGCAGAACAUCGGUCGUCUGAUCAAGACCCGCUUCAAGGGGUCCCAGUUCAUCAUCGUCUCCCUCAAGGACGGCAUGUUCCAGAACGCGAACCGCAUCUUCCGGACGA